UCAUACAAACAAAGGUACUUGGCAGCGGUCCGGCGGCUGGCUGGCCUGUUGACCCGGUUGAGUUUGUUGUAUUAUUCAUCAGCUGAUUUCCCAAACUGCUAAGGAUUCUGAAUACAAUCCUGUCCAUUGGUGCAUGUUAAAACAUUUGUAAUCCUAAUGUAAAUUUACAUUCAGUCAGACAGAAAGCUGUUACUACCUGGCAAGGCCACAUAGUGAUGUGAUGACUGAUAAGAUUGCAACAUACAGUCAAUCCAGACUUCUCUCUCUAUACAUGUCAGAUUCAUUCCUUUCGCAUAAACAGUAUUGCAUGCUCGAUGUGUGACAGACAGUUCUGGUAUCUUGAUAGCCAGGACAUGGUAGGGUAACUAACUACGUCAAGGAGGACAACCAGAACAAGUGUUCCAGCCUGUUUCCAAAAUGCACCGCUUUGCCUUCUCUAUCACAAGGAAUACCCGGUCCUUUGUUACUUCUCCUGCCUUGAGCGAAAGUACCAAAAUAUGUGUAGUCGGUGGUGGACCUGCUGGUUUCUACGCAGCCCAACACAUAGUAAAGGCACUACCCAACAGUGAAAUUGAUAUCUUUGAGCGUUUACCUGUUCCGUUUGGUUUGGUGCGAUUUGGUGUGGCUCCCGAUCACCCUGAGGUGAAAAAUGUGAUAAAUACUUUCACUAAAACGGCUAAAAAUCCCCAAGUAAGAUUUGCAGGAAAUGUUAAUUUUGGAACUGACGUGUCUCUACAAGAUUUGAAGGAGGCAUAUCAUGCAGUUUUAUUAACGUAUGGAGCUGAAGAGGAUAAAACUUUUGGCAUUCCUGGUGAAAAUUUAAAGAAUGUUAUAUCAGCAAGAGAGUUUGUUGGGUGGUACAAUGGACUUCCACGAGACAAGGACCUUGAUGUAAACCUUAAUAAUGAAGAUGUUGUAAUCCUUGGUCAAGGUAAUGUUGCUGUUGAUGCUGCCAGGAUGUUACUUUCACCUAUCGAUGAGUUAAAGAAAACAGAUAUUACUGAACAUGCUUUGGCUAGGCUUGCCAACAGUAAAGUAAAAACUGUGUACUUGGUUGGUCGACGUGGACCACUGCAAGUUGCGUUCACAAUCAAAGAGUUGCGAGAAAUGAUCAACCUGAGAGACUGCUCCACUGUGUUUGAAAAGGAUCAUUUUGAAGGGGUUCCAGAAACUAUUCCAAAGUUGGUUCGUCCAAGAAAGAGACUUACUGAGCUUUUAGUCAAAGCUGCACUGGAAGCUAAAACAGUUGAUUCGCCAACAAAAACUUUCCGCCCACUAUUUUUGAGAAGUCCCUUGUCAUUUGUGGGUGAUUCUAAUGUGACUGGGGUGAAGUUUGGCAUUAACUCCCUUCAAGGUGCAGACCUUGAAAGCCAGCAAGCUAUUGCUACAGGCAAGACAGAAGAGAUACCAUGUGGAAUGGUCCUGCGAAGCAUUGGUUACAAAAGUGUAUGUGCUGAUCCAACAGUACCAUUUGACAGCAAAAGGGGUAAAGUUAUGAAUGUAAACGGCCGUGUGGAUAAAGGUGUGUAUAGUGCUGGUUGGCUAUCAACUGGCCCAGUUGGAGUUAUCCUGACAACUAUGUCUAAUGCAUUUGAGACCGGAUCAAAUGUUGUUACUGAUGUGAAAAACCAAGUGAUUGACACAUCUGUUAAAAAACAUGGCUUUUCUUCCAUCAAUUCUAAGUUAAAAGCCAAAGGUGUGCAGGUUGUUUCAUUUGAAGAUUGGGAAAAAAUUGAUCAAGAGGAAAUCAAACGAGGCAAAGCUGUGGGUAAACCACGUGAGAAGAUAAUUAACAUUCAAGAAAUGUUGAGCAUUGCAGAAAGUGGGAAUACAAUUGCUCUAAAGAGCUAAGUUAGGGAAGUAACGAAACCAUAUUUUUUCUUUCUCUUUUCCUCAAAUUUUUAAUUGAUCAAUGAUAUUUUUAAUGUUA